GCCGUGCGGCCUGCGGCGGUCGCGAGCGCCGGGCGUGGCCCCCUCCCCCCGAUGCGGUGCACGAUGGUCGGCUCCGAGGCAGGGCCUCCGCAAGCUUCUGGCGGAAGGAGUUUGCGCGGCGCCGGCUACGGGCGUACGGGAGCUUCUGUAGGUUCUCUGCGAUACUGCAGCUGCCCCGUGGUCAGAGAGCGCCCCUCGCCUCGGCCGCGCCCGGCUCCUCCCGCCUGCUCCAGGCCGAGCGCUGGCGCCAUGUCGGCCUAUCCCCGAAGCUACAACCCGUUCGACGACGACGCGGAGGACGAGGGCGUCCGGCCGGCGCCGUGGACGGACAACCGCGACCUUGCGGACUGGCCCGGCGCUCCCGCCGACCGGCAGCAGGCCCUGCGGCAGGAGGUGUUGCGCCGGGCCGAGGCCACGGCCGCCAGCACCGGCAGGUCCCUGUCCCUGAUGUACGAGUCCGAGAGGAUCGGGGUCGCCUCCUCCGAGGAACUCGUGCGCCAGCGAGGGGCCUUGGAGCGCACAGAGAAGAUGGUGGACAGGAUGGAGCAGGAUCUGAAGACCAGCCAGAAGCACAUCAACAGCAUCAAGAGUGUGUUCGGAGGGCUCGUCAAUUACUUCAGAACCAAACCCUCAGAGACCCCACCUGCGCAGAAUGGCACCCUUGCCCCCCAGCCCAGCAGCAGAUUGAAAGAAGCCAUAAGUACAAGUAAAGACCAGGAGGCACAGUACCAGACCAGCCACCCAAACCUCAGGAAGCUCAAUGACUCAGACUCCAUCCCUGGAGGGGCCGAUUCUGCCGUGAGCUCCGAGGCUUACCCAAGGAACCCGCACCUGCGCACCUGUCACCAGAGGAUUGACAGCAACCUCGAUGAACUGUCCGUGGGCCUGGGCCGGCUGAAGGACAUCGCCCUGGGGAUGCAGACAGAGAUUGAGGAGCAGGACGACAUUCUUGACCGCCUCACAACCAAAGUGGACAAGUUAGACGUCAACAUCAAGAGUACAGAGAGGAAAGUUCGGCAGCUUUGAAGACGGAGGCGGAUUUCCACUCCAUCGUGAUGAAAAGAUUUGAAAGGCCUCUCACUGUUGUGGCCUCUCCCGUUGCGGAGCGCAGGCUCCGGAUUCGCAGGCUCAGCGGCCAUGGCUCACGGGCCCAGCAGCUCCGCAGCACGUGGGAUCCUCCCGGACCGGGGCACGAAACUGCGUCCCCUGCAUCGGCAGGCGGACUCUCAACCACGGCGCCACCAGGGAAGCCCACAUAAGUGCAUUUUAAUUUCUCUUUCUUUAACUUCUUUUUGUGAAUAUGUGAUUUUAAGUGUACACCACAGCAAUUUAGUAAAAAUCUUAUACUUUGCCUACAUAGGCCUUUUCUGCAGAAUUUUUAAAGUUACCAAUGUUGUUAAGCGUCUUCAGCUCUGAUGGGUGAAAUGUGUACAAAACGAUGAGCGAGUCAUUAAAAGUGCACAUGGGAGGAGGAGCUUCUGCUCAGAGUGUGUCAGAGCAGCUCUUGUACUUCAUGCCUUCUACUCAACAAAUGACCAUAUUCCUUAAAAUAAAAUGUGAAGUUGUUUUUUAAUCAAACUUUGCCUCCUGUGAGGUCCUUUUCAAAGAGCUGGUGUCGGGGGGGAACCCUUCUUGUUGAGUCCUCAGGUGUUUGGUUCUGGCUGCCACGUCUCGUGCUUCUUGAAAGCCUGUCAAUCCAUCUGUCCUGCCUCCCGGUGCCUCUGCAACGCUGUCCAGCUCAGGGCUUGGCACACCCUCAAGGUCCAGAGAGUAGAUGUUUUAGGCUCACAGGCCAAACAGUAUCUUCACGUCAUCUUCUCUGUGUCCAUCCCUAAUGACCUCACUUUAAGUUAAUUACCUCUGUAAAGACCCUGUCUCCAAAUGUCACGUUCUGAGGUUCUGGGGGUUUAGGGCUUCAACAUAUUAAUGUGGAGGGGGGUGGCAGGAACGUGACAUCUGACAGCCUUUAUCUCCUUGGUGGGAACAGAGAAAGAGGACGGUAGAGGUGGAUCAUCAGGGAAAGGCUGUCGAAGGCCCAGCUGAGAUGGGGACUCAGAAGGACCCUAGUAAUUAACACCUUUUAUAGAGUUUUUUAAAUAGUGGGGUUUCCAGCCCUGGAGUCACCAGGUGCUUUCGUGGCUGGAGUUCAAGAGCAGGCCUCCUGCCUGGGGCUGCCAGCAGAGCCGAAGAAGGCAAGUGAGAAGCCAGAGCUCUGGCCUGAGGCCUCGGGAGAGGGUCUGGCUCCUUGAUUGGAUCACCAGGCUGAAGUGUGGGCGCUGGCCCUGGAGCUUGGAGCAGAGGAUGACUGACACAGAUCUUUGCACUUUAGUGCCUCGGAUUCUCCCAGAAGAAUUCUCCUGAAGUCUAGGCAGGACCCGACUUGAAAGUAGGCCAAGAGCCAGGAGUGAAGCAAGUCGCAUGAACGUGCACAACACUGCUUCCCCCACAGAGGUGGAUUUUAGGGCUUUGGACCCGCAAAGGCCAGAGACAAACCUCAAACCAGGGGCACCUCCAGGCCAUUUAGAAAUUAAGUCAAAAUCAAGUUCUGCUAGGGUUUGAUUGACUUUGUUUUAACAUUUUACUUUGAAGUUUCAGUUCUUGGAGACAGGCUGGUGCUAAUCAUGCCAACCCACCACUUAAAAACCUGCUCUGGGGCUUCCCUGGUGGCGCAGUGGUUGAGAGUCCGCCUGCCGAUGCAGGGGACGCGGGUUCGUGCCCCGGUCCGGGAAGAUCCCACAUGCCGCGGAGCAGCUGGGCCCGUGAGCCAUGGCCGCUGAGCCUCCACAUCUGGAGCCUGUGCUCCGCAACGGGAGAGGCCACAACAGUGAGAGGCCCGCAUACCGCAAAAAACAAAAACAAAAAACCUGCUCUGGUUCCCACCAUGGUUACAACAACAGUGCUUUUAGGGGAGCUAGCACAUGAUACUACUUCCACAGCCCCAAGUGGGGGUUCCAGGCCCACAGGCCAGAGCGGGCCAGUUUCUUACAGAGACUCACCAAAGUAACAAUGACUAUUUAAUUUUAUUUUUUAUUAUUUAUUUAUUUUUGGCCGCACCCCACGGCUUGCAGGAUCUUAGUUCCCCAACCAGGGAUUGAACCCAGGCCCCAGCAGUGAAAACACCGAGUCCUAACCACUGGGCCACCAGGGAAUUCCCAACAACGACUUUUUAAAUGAGCUAGAAGGCCAUAAUUACUCAUUUACAACAAGAAAUAUAAUUGUCAAACAAUUUAAGCUGGAGUGUAAGCUGCAAAGUCGAUGGGACUCUGGAGCUUGUGCCCAGUGCAGGGUGAGCACUCAGCAGGUUUCUGUAAAUGAAUGGCUUAAAAAAAAACGAAGGUCAGAGGGGAGUGAAAUUCUUGUCCAGUGGGUACGUGAAAAUGUGCUCAACAUCAGUAGCCAUCAGGGAAAUGCAAGUCAAAACCACAAUGAGCUAUCACCUCACACCUGUCAGAAAGGCUGUCAUCAAAAAGAAAACAUAAAAAGUGCUGGUGAGGGGCUUCCCUGGUGGCACAGUGGUUAAGAAUCCACCUGCCAAUGCAGGGGACACGGGUUCGAUCCCUGGUCCGG